AUAAAAUGAGGAACAGGGAAUACUGCGGUGUCCGCCGGUUGACCUGUUUAACAUGCAGCCGUUUCUAAACUGUGUAGCUAAACAUUCUGAAGCUGCUGCUUUAUCAAUAUUAAUAUGUUUUAUUAAGAUAUUUUUAACGGUUAACGUUACCGCUGGUUGUGUAGCACGUGAUCCGCCGUCGGGUAACGUUAUCUCAAACCGUAGCUAAUUUAUGACCUCAAACACUUCCAAUGGCUAACUUUCCUCUAACGUUACUCACACCGAUCUAGGGCGCCCCAGCGUGUGUAACGUUAAGAGUGUAGCAAUACAAUACAAGCCUUCAGCAGUCACUUGUUCCCGACUUGGAAGCAAAGUAUUCUACCUUCUAGUCAUUUCAUCAUGGCACUGGCUGGAGUGCGAGUUAUUGAGCUGGCAGGCCUGGCUCCAGCACCAUUCUGUGGCAUGAUCCUGGCGGACUUUGGAGCCAAGGUGAUCCGCGUGGACCGGAAUAAAGUCGGCAUGUCUUUGGACACACAAGCACGGGGCAAACGGUCUGUGGCCAUCAACCUGAAGGCGGCAGAGGGUGUAGCCCUGCUCAGGAAACUUUGUGUCCAGUCUGAUGUGGUCCUGGAGCCCUACCGUAAAGGUGUGAUGGAGAAGCUGGGCCUCGGGCCACAGGAGAUGUUAAAGGAAAACCCUCGUCUGAUCUACGCUCGGUUGACAGGGUACGGCCAGAGUGGAUCUUAUGCCACCGCAGCUGGGCAUGACAUCAACUACCUCGCCAUGUCCGGCCUCUUAUCCCGGCUGGGUCGUAGUGGGGAGAAGCCCUACGCUCCGUUGAAUCUGAUGGCAGACUUUGCAGGUGGUGGUCUUACCUGUGCUCUUGGGAUAGUCCUAGCUCUGCUGGAGAGAACAACGUCGGGGAAAGGACAGAUCAUUGACGCCAGCAUGGUAGAAGGAGCCGCAUAUGUAGGUUCUUUUGCAUGGAAAUCUCGUAGCAUCGGUAUGUGGGACUGUCCAAGAGGACAAAACAUGUUGGACAGUGGCGCGCCUUUCUACGAUACCUACGAGACUGCAGAUGGAAAGUACAUGGCCGUGGGAGCCAUAGAACCGCAGUUCUACAGACAGCUACUUACAGGCUUAGAGUUGGAUGCUGGAGAGUUGCCUCCUCAGAUGAGCUUCACUGAUUGGCCAGAGCUGAGACGAAUCUUCACAGAGCGUUUUGCUUCAAAAACUCAGGCGGAUUGGUCAAGGAUUUUUGAUGGGACUGAUGCCUGUGUUACACCUGUGUUGUCUUUCGACCAGGUGAGCUCACACCCACAUAACCAGGAAAGAGCUUCAUUCAUAAAGGACUCCAGCGGGGAAGAAAGCCCCCGGCCGGCCCCGGUUCUCUCUCGGACUCCUGCGGAGCCUUGCCUUGCCUCAGACCCUGUUAUUGGAGAACACACCGUAGAGGUCCUCACGGAGUAUGGGUUUACGUCAGCAGACAUAGACCAAAUGCUUACAGCAGGGGUUGUAGAGUGUAAUGCUGUCAAAUCAAAGUUGUAGAGAUAUAAUUGAUAUCAGUGAUUGAUUUUGAGAAACAAAAAGCACAAUUGAGUGAUUUUUAGUCAGACCUGCCAUUCAAAUCAUGUAUACCACAACUAUAUAAGUUUUUUUUUUAUUUUAACAAGGAAGUCACAUUGAGAUUAAAACCUCUUUUGCAAGUGAGACCUAGCCAAGACAGGGUCACAAAGCAGCAUCCAACACUAGGGGUGUCACGAUUCAGAUUCUAAAUUGAAAAUCCAUCGAAAUGAGCUUUCAAUUUCAAACAUUAAAAUCGAAAGCAGGAUCAACGAUU